AUGCCCGAGGACGACAAAUACGAUGUUCUGGAGAAGAUUGGCCAUGGCUCCUUUGGAAUCAUCCGCAAGGUCAAGCGCAAGUCGGAUGGCUAUAUCCUCUGCCGAAAGGAAAUCAGCUACCUCAAGAUGUCUCAGAAGGAGCGCGAGCAACUCCAAUCCGAGCUGUCCAUCCUCAAGGAGCUCCGACACCCCAACAUCGUCGCCUACUUCGAGCGCGACCACAUCAAGGCGUCACAAGACCUGCACCUAUACAUGGAAUACUGUGGAAAUGGCGAUUUGGGCCGAGUCAUUCGGGACCUGAAGAACAAAAACCAGGUGUGCGAGGAGGAGUUUGUGUGGAGCAUCUUCAGCCAAAUUGUCAGCGCGCUGUACCGCUGUCACUAUGGUGAAGACCCGCCUGCCGCUGGCCGUAAUGUCAUGGGACUCGUUGCGAAUGCAAAGCCUGUCCGAGACUCAAGGAGGCCCAUGAUCCUUCAUAGGGAUCUUAAGCCAGAGAACAUCUUUCUCGGAGAUGACAAUUCAGUCAAGCUAGGCGACUUUGGCCUCUCAAAGAUCCUCCAAUCCCAUGACUUUGCAUCCACAUAUGUUGGCACGCCGUUCUACAUGUCCCCCGAGAUCUGCAAAGCCGAGCAAUACGGCCCACAUUCCGACAUCUGGGCCCUUGGGUGUAUUAUAUAUGAGAUGUGUGCGAAGACCCCGCCAUUCAAUGCAAAGACGCACUUCGAAUUGAUCCAAAAGAUCAAACUGGGUCGCUAUCCAGAUAUCCCCGCAUGUUACUCGGCCGAAUUGCGAAAGGUCAUUGCUAGUUGUUUACAGACGACACCCGACCAUCGCCCGGAUACUGCAGCACUAUUAAACCUCCCCAUCGUGAAGCUCAUGCGCAAGGAGCAAGAGGUUGUCAAGCUCGGUCAGGAUCUGAGAGAACAGAAGAUGCUCGCCGCGCGACGAGAGAAGGAGGCCAACGAGGGGAUUGGACGUAUACGGAAGGAGAUCGACGACCAACUGCGACGUGAGUGGGAGCUAAAGGCCCGCUUGGAGAUUGAGCGGCAAGUAAAGGUACAGACCGAACAGCGGGUCCAGAGGGAGCUGGCGCAACUCCAGUCAAAAUUUGAAGAGGAAGUCAAUAAACGGGUGGAAGCAGCACUCAAGAAGUACCCGAACCGGUUGAGCACCUCGCCCAAGCUGGCUCCUCGAUCAAAUACACCGCUCAUGCCAGCGACCGAGCAGGGAGCUCUGUUCCCUACAGACCUUGAGACAGCUAUCAUGAACGGCUCGCAAAGCACGGUAGAUACCAACUCUGACUUCGCCAGCGGCACGGACAUGUCCUCUCUUUCCCUCGAUGACUCCACCGAGGACGUCACCGUCAAAGCAAAGCCCAAACGCGCGUCUCGUGCUCCCCUCUCCCGCGCGAGGACUAUGUUCGCGCAGCCAGCGUCGCCCAUGGACGUACAAAUGGCCGACCUUUCCCCCGCGCCAGCAUCACUCGCCGGUCUCUCUCUUUCUCCCCGCCGUAAUCAACAACCGCGCCAGAACAUCUUUGCCGCAGCGAAGGAGGGCGCGAAGAAGUGGGAAGCAGAGGUCCCUCCAUCUCCAACUGACGCCGAAUGGAACGGCGACUUCGACGAUGACGAUGACUUGCCAGUUCUGCCCUCGCCUACCCGUACCCGCAGUGCCUCAGGCGGUCGAUUAGGGGGCGAAGAUCCCUUCAAAGCUCUUGCGAAUGCUCAGGCCCCACUACUGAAGGCGAACCACCGGCUGGGCAGUACACCCAAUCUACAUGCGCCCAAGGCAAGCAAACCACGUCCUGCCUCAGCUGUUCCAAUUGUGGCCACAUCACCGAGCCGUCCAAAGUCAAAAUCUGCCGAUGCCCUCUCGACAUCGCCUCGUAAGACAGGCCUUGCCGCGAAGUCAGCACCCUCCGUUGGCCUCCCUACUAAGAGGGGCAACGAAGCCAUUCGGAUCCAAGCGAUGCGUAACAACGGCGGCAUCCAGGGCCGAACCCUCGUUGAACUACAGCAAGCGCGUGGCAUCCCAGCCCAAGCCAUGAGUGAAGACGAGGGUAAGAAGGGCUUCGGAUUCGGUAGGAGAAGCCCAGUCAAGGGACGCAGUGCAGGCACGAGUCCCCCGGCAGUCUGGGACCCAGACACGGAGCUCGAGAUGCCUAGCCCUUUUAUUGUGCGAAACAAGCGCAUGGUUCGGUGA